GCAGAGCGGCAGCAGCGGGGUCGGCAGCUCUCCAUGCGUAGCGGCUCUCUGGACAAACUAACCCGCGGUAAUAUCCUCACUUAAACAGACCGAUAAUAACACUGCUAACUCCUGAUUAAUCAGCAUGACCGAGGCGGCGUGUCGUUUGAAAACCAACUACAUCAACUAACUGAACAUUCAGCGAGCCUCGUCCGUCACCGCUGAUCCAUUGUUAGUUAUUGUCAGCACGUUGACGUUCACUUGCCAACAGCAACAACGACAAAAACACCCAUUUCGAGCUGACCUUUAAUCGAUUUGGGUGGACCUGCUUAAUACGGGAUCGACUUUCACGGAUUUGACAUUAGAGGACGUCCACCUGAGCAGAAGUAAAGGCUGGAUAUUACCUUUAUCGAGGAGCUGAAUGGCCUCCGUUGUAGCAGUGAAAACUGAGAAGCGACCUGCAGCUGAUUCUCAGGAUGCAGAAUCUAAUGCUAAAAAGCCCAGGAAACUGCUGCCCAGCCUGAAGACGAAGCGAGCCCCUGAACUUGUCCUGGUGAUCGGCACUGGGGUGAGCUCUGCAGUGGCCCCUCAGGUCCCAGCUCUCCGCUCCUGGAAAGGCCUCAUCCAGGCCUUACUCGAUGCAGCAAAUGACUUUGACCUGCUGGAGGAGGAGGAGAGCCGGCGCUUCCAGAAGCACAUGCAGGAAGAUAAGAAUUUGGUGCACGUGGCCCAUGACCUCAUUCAGAAACUUUCCCCGAGGACCGGAAAUGUGCGAUCCACGUUCUUCAAAGACUGUCUUUACGAGGUGUUUGAUGAUUUGGAAAGCAAGAUGGAGCACGCAGGAAAACAUCUGCUGAGGUCCGUGCUGCAGCUGAUGGAGAGCGGCGCCCUGGUCCUCACGACCAACUUUGACAACCUGCUGGAGAUCUACGCGGCCCACCAGGGCACCAAACUGGAGUCUUUGGACCUUACGGAUGAGAAGAAGGUGUUGGAGUGGGCUCAGGAAAAACGAAGGUUAAGUGUUCUGCAUAUCCAUGGUGUUUACACCAACCCCAGUGGUAUUGUACUGCACCCUGCUGGCUACCAGAAUGUACUAAGGAACACGGAGGUUAUGCGCGAGAUCCAGAAACUGUACGAGACCAAAUCGUUCGUGUUCCUCGGCUGCGGGCGCACAGUGGACGACACGACCUUCCAGGCCUUGUUCCUAGAGGCCGUCAAACACAAGUCUGACCUGGAGCACUUCAUGCUCGUGCGGCGGGAGGACGUGGGCGAGUUCAAGAAGCUGCGUGACAACAUGCUGGAUAAGGGCAUCAAGGUAAUCUCCUAUGGAGACGAGUACGCUGACCUGCCUGAGUACUUUGAGAGGCUGGCCAAUGAGAUCUGCAACCGGGACGUGUCCACCAACAGUUGGGGGUCCCCCUCACAAAACGGGGAGGAACAGCAGAACGGGUUUAACACACAGAAAAACCUUCUUCAAGGUUAGGACUGAGGCUUCUGUGAACUUGACAAGAGACAUUUUCACAAAUCAUCAAGAACCCUGCCCGCCCAGGACUCUUGGGUUGCUAUGACUCGCUGGUAGAUAGACAAUCCAGACUCAAACUGGCCUGGGAUUUCCACUGACAAGACUCGCUGGUACCUUUUUUUUCCAAAAGCCUCAAGUAAUUUUGCAUGACUGUUAAUGCUAUGUUCGUAUUCCUAGCCCAAAUAAAGUUAUUAAAAUCUAGAUUGAUUUUGACGGUCUGUACAGCCGAGAACCGUACACCCUGCUGACAAUCCCACCAAGCAAGGCAGGACAUAGAAGCAUCCUCCCUCUCUGGUGCUUUCUUGUAACUUGCACCACUACUCCACGUAUCCAUUUGCAACAGCAGCAAAGCCAGUUCAACCCUUUUGCUUGCUCUGUUUGCUAUGCCUAGAGGUUACCAUGGCAACCAUGUGGCUUAUGGAAGAUGAGAUCUAUUAUUCACAAUCUAGUAUAAUGUAGAGAGCCAGGGAGAAAGUUGAGGUUUCAAUCAGAUUUGGGUUGGCAGUGUGAACAUAGCUGUGACUGAAGAAUUUUUACACGUUUUUUUUUUUUUAACUGCUCAUUGAAGUUGUUGCUUUUCAGUUUUUCCAAUAUGAUGAUUCAUGACAGGAGCAGUGAUUUUCUUUUAAAGCUGUAGUGAGACUAGUUGACUGAGUGGUAUUCAGCCUGGUUUAACUGAAUGUAGGAUUAUACAGGAGGCCUUAAAGCUGUCCCUAUUGUUUAAAUAUAGUUCUUUUGUAAAGGGGAGAAGUAUAAACUGGCACAAACUCGCUCCCCUGUUUUUAAAGCAGCGCAAAGAUUAUUUUUAGCCCUUUAUGUCCCCCUAUAGGUGGUGGAGGUUAGGUCGCUUAUACAACACAAUCUAAAAUAUACUUUUGUUCGGUCUCGAGCUGCAUGCCUUUCUUGAAUAAUUACUUUCUUGAGUCUUAGUCGCCCUGAUGUCAACCGUCAUUGACAUAGUACUAUAAAGCGGUACAUAGAUGUGUUUUGCUUUGGGCAGGAAUCUAAAGUUACUCGAUACCAAGGAUGGGAGCUGGAUGACAUUUCCUAAAAGUAAUCACAUGUUGCCUGAAAUACAAUCUGACAUUUGAACAUAAAAAUAUGUCCUUUGUGCUGCUUUAGAUGUUGAAGGUUCUCUAUUUAACAGGUUGAAUGUCAUUUUAGUGUACGGAGAAGACGGUAGCUUGACAGAAGUGAUACCUCUAAAUCCAGGCAGAUGUUGACUGUGCCAUUUGGAUUCAUAUGUACACGAGGAAAGUAAAACAAUCCUCCUUUACCUACCUGGAAGCUUCAGGACGCAUCGUAGCGUCCACUUGUGAACAGUUUUGUGUUGAUGGAUUGAGUUCUCUCUACCCUACCAGGAUAAUUUGCACACUUAUGUUCAUGGGCAAAGAACGGACAGAAAUAAUCAUCACAGAAAGUGAAUUAUGUUGAAUUUAAACUCAAGAGUUUUCAUACCGGAGCAAUUUUCCUGCCAGUUGCAGUUUGCCACUCCUGUGAUGAAAAUAAAUGUACUUUGUAAGCAUUUUUUUCUUUUUUGUAUUUUUAAUACUUGCAUGUGUUUUCUGGUGUAGUAUUUAUAAGUACUAUUUUCAAAAAUAAAGCUUUUUUGCUUAUGCUA